AUGCGCAAGACGCGCGUGCCGAAUAGGACCUUCACCGAACCGCCUCUCGAAGGUCAUCGUACACCGCCGAAAGCGCCACCGCCGCACAGGAGCCACCGCCGAAGCUCCACGCUGCCCAAGCCAACUGGCUGGACCAACACAGCGCUCCCCGGACCAUCCCUGCACCGCACGUCGGCUAGGGACCGCGCGCGCUGCCCGACCAUCCACACAGCCCGAGCGCUGCCGCAUCCGCCGAGCCGCCGCCACGGCCCGCCUCCCCAUCAGAUCCGGGCGCGUAGGCCCCUGAUCCGCCACCCCACCGUCCCGGAGCCGCUUCUCCGGCUUCCCUGUGCCCGCCUCCGCGCCACACAGCGCCCGCCUCGGCCUCCCGCGCACACCCGCCCGGAGACACCAAGCAGCAGCGCCCGCCUUGCCACCCCCGACGCUCUGGCCGGAGCAACCCCGCCGACACCAGCGAGACAGCGCCGCACCAACCCUCCGCCGCACCACCUCCAUCCCACCGCGGCCCGGAUCGGGCCCGGGAUGGCCCGCAUCGCCGGCCGCCGCCAUCUGCUACGCCACGGCCUUGCCACCACAGCCCGCAACGCCCAGCCGCACCCUCCCGCCGCCGCGGCGGACGAGACUCCAUGGCCGCCGCCCGGCUUCCUCCCUCCCCUACGGCGACGCCCCACACGGGCCGGCCACCUCGACGGAAACGAGCUCGGGCCCCCCUCACCCCCUUUGGAGAUGAGGCCCGCCGCCACCGCGGCAAGCCGGCAAGGGCCGGCGGCAGCGGCGGUAGGGGGGCGGCGCAGGCCGGCUGCCGGCGGCGCGGCUGGGGUUUGGCUCCCGGCGUCGCCUGGGGAGCGACGCGAGGAGCCCUCAUGCGCAUGUAACUCACUUCUUCAUGAAGGAGACGGCCGUUUUGGAUACUCUCCGGCAGCUCUUCGUCGCCUUCUCCAGCCCAGCUCUGCAUAA